UGGUGGUGUUCAGGAAGGGAUGGAUGUGGAGGGAUUUUCUGGUGAGGGAGGUAUCAGUAAGUUCCUGUCAGCUGUGAGCAGUGUGUGAGGUCAGGGAGGAAGACCAUGUGGCCUUGGGCAUGUUGCCAGUGUAAGCACUAGGCAUGUGGCGGGCAGAUGUGGGGCGCAGAGUAUGAAGACCAGGUGGGAGUGGCCCCAUUGAGAAAGGAACCUAAGAGGUUCAUUGAUUGACAGCUUGAGAGUGGGUCCCGUCCACGGGUCCCUGUGCUCUCUGGGGAUGGUGAGUGACAUUGUGGGGCAAGUGUGGCUGUCACACUGGGCGACUCCUGGCACGGAGUAGGUGGAAGCCAGGGACUCGGGCCCAGAACCCACUGAGAAUGACCCAGCCAUGUGCUUCCAGUGCCCAGGGACAGACUCUGCUUAGAACAGGAAGAAGUGGAGAAUGUUCUGGAAAAACGUUGACUUUUAAAAAUGUGAGGCCAUCCCUGUCUGUUGCUGGGAAUUUUUGACAGAAACAUUGAUGUCCAUGUUAAUACUAGGUUUUUAGUACGCAGUCAAUACCGAGCAGCCUGGAGGACACACGCCCCCUCCCUCCUGCCAAUGUGGCCUGUUUUCUUGCAUUUUCAUAAUUUUUGGCAGGAUGAUUAUUACAUGUAACCCAAGCUGAUUUGAACACACAAUCCCCCUGCCUCCACUUCCAUGCAGGGCGGGUUGUCAGCAACCAGAGACUGAUGGGAAUCAUCGCUGACAUAGGACAGUCACAGUCCUGAUUUUGCCACAAGUUUUCCCAGAAUAAGACCAGGUGUCAAUGUCAAACCCACAUUUAUGGGCCUUAGGAUGAACUGAAACUCGGGCUCCAUCUUGCGCUCAGGGACCCGCACGUGGCUGCUCUGCACCAUUCUAGAACGUUCCAUGCUCCGCCAUAGGCCAGGUUUGUCCCGUCGCUCCUCCCCAUACACGGAGGAUUCUGCGCUUAUGGCUCCAUUGUUCAUACAACGAGUACUAAGGCCACACGAGAACUGAACCAGCCAGGGGCAACAUGGAGAUGGAUGGCGCGGCCGAUCCAGGUGAAACCGGCAGACAGUGAGAACCGUGGAGGUAGGGACCGGAAGCUGUUCGUGGGCAUGCUCAACAAGCAGCAGUCGGAGGAAGACGUGCUCAGGCUCUUCCAGCCCUUUGGCGUUAUAGACGAGUGCACAGUGCUGCGAGGACCCGAUGGCAGCAGCAAAGGCUGUGCCUUCGUGAAGUUCUCUUCCCACACAGAGGCCCAGGCUGCCAUCCACGCCUUACAUGGCAGCCAGACAAUGCCGGGAGCUUCCUCCAGCCUGGUGGUCAAAUUCGCCGACACGGACAAAGAGCGGACACUACGGCGUAUGCAGCAGAUGGUUGGCCAGCUGGGCAUCCUGACGCCAUCCCUCACCCUGCCCUUCAGCCCCUACAGUGCCUACGCCCAGGCUCUCAUGCAGCAACAGACAACAGUGUUGUCCACCUCUGGCAGCUACCUGAGCCCCGGUGUGGCCUUCCCUCCCUGCCACAUUCAGCAGAUUGGCACUGUCAGCCUUAAUGGUCUGCCUGCUACACCCAUCGCGCCUGCCUCUGGGCUACACUCACCCCCACUGCUGGGCACUGCCGCCGUCCCUGGCCUGAUGACAUCCAUUCCCAGUGGCUUCCCAGGUGUUCUGCCCUUUCCCGGGAGCCACCCUGCCCUGGAGACCGUGUAUGCCAAUGGCCUUGUGCCCUACCCAGCUCAGAGCCCCACUGUGGCAGAGACCCUCCAUCCUGCCUUCUCUGGAGUCCAGCAGUACACAGCCAUGUAUCCCACCGCGGCCAUCGCGCCCGUGGCACACAGCGUUCCGCAGCCUCCGCACCUCCUGCAGCAGCAGCGUGAAGGAGUUUGGAGACACGGAGCUGACCCAGAUGUUCCUCCCCUUCGGCAAUAUCAUCUCCUCCAAGGUGUUUAUGGAUCGGGCUACCAACCAGAGCAAGUGUUUCGGAUUCGUGAGCUUUGACCACCCAGCCAGCGCGCAGGCGGCCAUCCAGGCCAUGAACGGCUUUCAGAUUGGUAUGAAGAGGCUGAAGGUGCAGCUGAAGAGACCCAAAGACCCAGGACACCCGUACUGACCACGCCCACAGCCCCUCUGCGCUGUGGGUGUGGCCCCAGGUGAGCCGCCAGGCGGCCCUGUGCUCCGCCCAGCCCUGGCGUCAUUCAACCCUCCUCCCAUCCCAAGCUUACUCUCCAAAUCCUGGGGGCGGGAGUGACACUCCAAAAGGCCAACUGAGGGUUCAAACCCUCCCCCAUCACCUGUGGCUUGGGUGGCAGAGAGGGUGGGAUUAGGGUGGGGAAACUAGGGUGAGAGAAAGUUAGGAGGUUCCACACAGGUGACUUCCUUCCCAGGGAAAGUUUUGAAGGAUGAAUAGGAGUUCACUUUAGUGAACUGGUUUGGGGCUUGUGGUCUGGGGUGCAGGAUGUGAUGGGCGGGGCUUCUAUCCCAUCCUGUGAAGCUGUUCCCCCAGCCGAGAAGCCCUAAUCCAGAGAAGGACGUGCCGCACACACCCAGCUCUGUGUCCCUACAGUUGAACUUGGAAUGCCCAGUUAAGCAUGGCCCAGGACUGAAGCAGAGGAAAUGGGGACACAUCAUAGCCUUGUGGUCCCCCACCUCUGUCCCCACCAGCUCUCAUGGACCCUGAGAGUCCUGUCUUCUAAUAUCAUGCCCAGUGGGUUAACAAAACCCAGAGUGCCGGUUAUAAUCUCACAAAACAAACGACACAAAACCAAAUACCCAAACAAACAAGCAAAAAACCCCCCAAAAGUCAAUUUCCCCUUCAACAUUCUCAGCACUUUCUUUGGGACUGGACUGAUUUUAAAAGGUGAACACAACUGCACAAUGGCGGCGCCGUGGAGGUGACAGCCCAGCUGUCCAAUAGCAGCGGCUACAGAGCACCCAGGAGUACUUUUUCUUCCUUUUUUUCUUUCUUUCAUCACCCAGCCCAGGGCCUGGUAGAGAUCGACAGUCUUUAAUCCUUCGGUGUUUUUUGUCCGUUACCUGGGUCUUUUGGGCUUUAUCUAUUUUGGCUUCGAUUAGGAAACCCAUCAAUCACGUAGAAAUCCCCGGACUGCUGCCGUAUUUUCACUUUCAACCCAGUGUCCUGCAGGCCAUCUGCUCUGGGCUGGUGAGAGAAGGUCCAUGUGAGGAGCAAAUGUCCCCAGACUGAUGGUGACUGUCAGGAACUGUUGUUUUGAAAACACUGGGGUUUUCUUGCCAGGACAAAGUGGGGCACUGUGUUCUGCGCCCCGCUCCCCUUGCUUCUCCUCAAUGUCCCCCUAUCCUCCCCAGGUUGAGCGGUUCCCGCUUCCAACCGCUCCAGGACUUUUAUGUAAAUUACAGCCAAGUUUGGACACCAGCUCUCCCAGUGACCCCCUUCCUCCACCUGUCCCCGACUUGUGGCCCCCCAAAUUCCGAAGCCACCAAAAGCCACUUGAGGUUCAGAAGACUCCGUGGUGUGUUGUGGGGCAGGGAACAGGAGUCUGAGCCCGGGUUUGAGGGGCCUAUACACUGCCAAUAACCACAUGCCCCUCAACUUGGGGACACCCCCACGUGACUCAGAGGCUUUCCUGGUCAGCCAGUAUCCCCCUUAGCCAGGUUUCCCCUCCCCCGCCCACUUCCUAUUCCCGUAGCUGUGCGUAGACAUGUGCGCACCAUAGACUAUAUAUUUUUGGAGAAUGAACCACAGUGGCCAAACUCCGUCAAGGAGGUGGCUCUGAGCCGGCCAAUCAGCGGGGGACCAAGGACAGACCAGCUGAGGCCGGCUGGACGCCGCCCUGACUGGACACCAAACCAGGACCCCGCCAACACCAUAUACCUCCAGUUUUUGGGGUCUCCACGGUUGCUGCCCCCGCCCUGCCCCUCCCACUUUCAUAGCCUUACUUGGGUGACCAGGUGUCUUUAGCUUCCUGCCAGGGGAGACUCCUGUCCCCCACUGCCCACCCACCCAGAUCUCUCUCUCUCUCUCUCUCUCUCUCUCUCUCUCUCUCACACACACACACACACACACACACACACACACACACACACACACACACACACACACACACGGUCCUCCAAUCACCAGCUGUAAACUGAAGGUCUCAUACCCGAGGUCACCGUGAGUCAGAUGUGGCCACACCGGACCCGGUUGCUGACCCCGCAGGCUCCACACUUUCCUUUUCUACGUAUCACCUACCUAUCAUCUAUCUAUCAUCAUGUCGGUGGUCUUUUUCUGAGUGAGUGCCAACAAGACCACUGAGAAGGGCAUAGAGGGAGGGGAUGUGGGGACUCAUGAUAAUCCGCCUUUGAUUCCUAGUUGGAGGUUUGGGAAGCCUGGUGAGAGAGCCCACCUCUUGUAUAUUACCCAGCCUGCCCACACACCCACCACAAAGCACAGAGUCGUUAAUUUGGACAUCCCACCAAGCAGGGGAGGGGGGUCCUGGGGGGGGGUCCAGAUCCCUUCCGACUGGUCCAAAAGCAAACAAAAGAGAUAAAAGUUUUUUAAGGUCUAAAAAACAUGUAAAAACAAGCAAAAAAAAAAAAAAAACCCUUUUCUUUUCUACCAAAAUGUUUGUUGACUGACCUAAACUAAAGGGGGGUUAAAAAACCAAAAAAAAACCCACCCUGAUUCUGCCCACCUUGUUUCUCGUCUCCGGUUUGAUGAUCCCUUGUUCUGAACGUAACACAGUAAGACUUACUGUAUUACGUAGUGUGCGAACGUGUGUGUCCGGGGUGUCGCUGUGUCCCCCCACCCCCACGCAAGUUGCCCGCUGAGUGCGUGCUGGCGUGCGCUGGCGUGCGCACUGUCUAGUUCAUGUUUACGAGCUGUAAAUACCAUUUUUAUACUCCACACAAGAGACCCUACGUGAUUUGUACAACGGGCUUAGUUUCUGCUACGAUGAAUUUCGUGAAAUUUCAAACUUCAAUUUUGGAGAUGAGCAGAGGGGGAGCCAAGAGUGGAGAGGGAUGUGGGGUUUGAGUCUCGCGCCUCCUAUUCGUGAGCGAGCUUCUCAACAUCAAAUCACUUCUCCUUGGUCUGGAAAAGAAGAGACAAAAACCCUAAAAGUUUAUUUAAUAAAAGUUUUACUUGUUAA